AUGGGGGAACCAGCAGCUGUUCGAAAUGUCCCUCCGCCAGAAGGAGAGUUGGCAAAGGUGUUGGAAAACAUGAGUGAUGUUCGAACCAGGAUCCUAGUUGCCCCUGGAUACUUUACCCAAUGGCUUAACGACAAGGCCAUCAAUGUGAAGAGUGCCAAAGCCCUAGGCUUAAACGCUCGAGUUUUGGAGGCAGUGGCUGAGUGGUGGUGUCCCAAUUUCGAGUACGUUAAGAUUCUGACCAUAGAUGCGGCCCGAGCCGAGGAUGGUCGGCUGGAUACCUUCUUUGCCAUCAUCCAGAAGUAUUGGGCAUGGGAUCAAAUCAGUGCCCAAGUUCAUGCAAAUGUCAAUGCUGAGAUCAACAAUGAAGAGGAGGCUGAUCAGGAUGAGUGUGUGGUAGUUGAGAUCGCCUCCAGUUCCCAAGCCGCCCGGCCUGGUGGAUCCGUGGAGCCACAUGCAGAGCCUGCCACAGGCCUGAGACGCAUGAGGACAGGUGUGAAAGAUGAGAUGCCUCCACCGCCAGUGCCUGCAAAGGCUUUGCUACCGCCCCUUCCGAGAGAGGUCUUGCCUUCCAACCCUGCUGAUUUGCACCCAGUAGACCGUGCUAAGCUUGAAGCCCGGAUGGCUGCAAUCCGGCCCCUUGUUUUAAAGCAACGACUCGAGGAAAGCAAAAAGGUUUUGGCAGAUCAAGAAGCUCGAUCACCUGAGAACAUGGAGCCCGUUGGCACAGGCAAAGACACGGAUGAAACCUUGCCAUACUGGGGUGAUGUGAUCGGUGAUGCUAUCGAUGGUCGUGGCCUUUAUGACUGUGAAGAUCCGGAGGAAGAGGAUUCUCUCCUCGAUUCCCAGCCCAUGGCAGCCGCUGUGGCGGAUUCCAAGCCCAUGGCAGCCGCUGUUGCAGCUGUUGAAGAUUCCGAGGCUAUGGCAGCGGCUAUUGAGGAUUCCCAGCCCAUGAUAGCAGCUCCUGUUGAGCCCACGGCAAGUCUUGGUGAGGAUUCCCAACCCGUUGAGGUUGAAGACUCUCAGCCUCUUACCGCAACAGUCUUGGAGGAAGAUUCGCAGCCUCGGCCAGAGACAGAGCUUGAUUCUUUGCCCCCCGUCUUUGAUGAUUCGCAGCCUCGUCCAGAGACAGAGCUUGAUGCUCUGCCACCUGUCUGCGAUGAUUCGCAGCCUCGCCCAGAGACAGAGCUUGAUCCGCUGCCACCUGUCUUUCAAGAUUCGCAGCCUCGCCCAGAGACAGAGCUUGAUCCGCUGCCACCUGUCUUUCAAGAUUCGCAGCCUCGCCCGGAGACAGAGCUUGAUGUGGUGCCCUCUGUUGCUGAGACAGAAGUUCCAUGCGCUCAGCCUGACCCACCGUCGGAGACAGAGGAUGGUGAGGACAAGAGAAAAAUGGAUGAGCCAACCACUCCGAAAGCCACCAUCCCCGAGGUGCCCAGCCACGCCAAGAAGCCUGCUGCCAAGCGCAGUGGCAAACCAGCAGCAAGCAAGACAAAGGCCAAGCCAAGACAGACAGGUGCCAGCCAAACAGGUCAAGACCAGCAUGAAGAAGGCGGCAAUUUGGAGAAAGACUUGGAAGGCUUGAAAGACCUCCCAAUGGUGACCCGAGAGCAUCAGCAAGUUAUCAAGAACCAGAAGAACAAGACCAGGAGAAUGGAUGAUGCAAGGGAUGCUCCUCGUGGACGAGACGCUGAACCAAAGGGCCGAGGCCGUGGUCGAGGCCGUGGACGUGGCAUCGCCAAAAGGCCAGCUUCUCGCAAGCCUGCCAAGGGACAAAAGCAAGCCAGAUUGGCAUCGCCAGUUGAUGCUACUGUGACUGUGCUGGAGAGCGAGGGUGAGGAGACAAAUGGUGAGGAAUGCAGGAAGGAUUUGGCACGUGACUUUGAAGCUGCCGCGGAAAAGUCUGCAAAGCUUCGCACACAGAAGGACCCGGUGGACACCCACAAGGGCAUUGCCAAGGACAAGCCGGACAAGCGAAAGAGGCCAUCUACGAAGGAUGAUGUUCGCAAGGAGAGCAACGAAACACAUGGCAAGGCCCGAAAAGGUGCUUGCAAAGCAGAUGCGCCUGAGGAGAUGCCUGACGUUCCCAAGGUUACCAAGGCUGCUCGCAAAGCGAAGGUGCUGCGCAAGGCCACCUUCGCAGGCAGGUACUGCCCAUCCCGUGAUGGGAUUGCCAGUGCUCGCUUCCUCGUCAUUAGAAAGGUGUUCGAGGAGAAGGUCGAAGGCAAGCUCACUGGAUCGGUGAGUUCUUGCGAGAUCAAGGACUCAGUGAGGUAUUUGAGGGGGGCAAAGGAUCUUGAGAUCCCACCGGAGUUUCGGCCUCUGUUUCCCGAUGAAAUGUGGGAAGGAUCUGUUGUCAACAGUGAUGGAACAAUGUCUUACCACCCAGCAGAGCCAUUUGAGGAUUUGUGGGAUGAGAUCCCAGAUGUCUCGGAUGCUCUUGCCCCGAGACCUGUGUUAGGACAGGCCCACAUUAGCCCAGAAGCCAUCCGUUCCCGAUCUAGGCGAAUCUUCACAAAACGUGGAGAUGGUAGCAAGAAGGAGACCUUCAUCGCUGAAGUGGAGGCGACGAAUCGCGGCUGUGAAGAAGCAUUGCCGGACCCAGCCGCAGAAGCUUUUGAGGCACCGGGCGGGCAACAGUAG